AUGUCGAAUAUUAAACGACAUGUAGUGCCAAGACGGAGUACUAGCCUCGGGUCCUCACAUCUAUCGUCAAGUUUAUAUACCCCUGGUCAAGCUUUAAGAAUUGUAGCGCCGCUUGAGCGCGCGCGCGUGAAGAUCGUAAGAUCAUCUUUCGGCCUUUUGUUCCUCGCCAACGCCUUGUGGUUGCGAUGGUCCCCACAAUCAAUCUCUCGGAUUCAUAACCGUUGUUUGGUUGCACAAAACAUCAAGUUAAGACCCACCACAGUUCUCCAUCAAUCAACUGGACAGAUACAUGCUGCCAUAUCCACCCGGCGUAGCGGACGCCUGCCAGAUUUGUCCGGGAUCCGGGAUCGGGAUAACCUUCUAAGAAGCAUGGUGAAUAGAAGAAUAAUUGGACAUGCAUCGGUAGACGCCGUGGCGAUUUCUACAAUUACAAAGCACAGGCAGGGCUCGAGAAAUUCGACGACCAGCUUAAGUAGCGUUGACGUCGCCCCUGAUUUCCUGCUAAAGUAUAAAUCCACAAGGUUUAAAUUUGAAUCCUUAAAUACUCCGUCUUCUUCUCCUGCCUCCUUCCUUUCCUCUUUUUCCCUGCUACACUCAUUCAGCAUCAUCAUCAUCCUCAAUUCCACGCAUAAUUCUUCAAUCCAGAACUUCCUCGUCACCAUGACUUUGGCUGCUACCAGUGCUGCUGUACCGGCCUACAAGCGUGGCUCUGAUCUCGCUACUUAUGAUCAAUGCAUGACCAUCGCUUACGAUGCCAACCAGGGGAUGGCCUUUUAUAGGGUUCCUGCUGCCAGGCAGGCAGAAGUUGCGAGUAACUGUAGGACCUGCAUCUGGAGAACUGCUGCCCAAGCGUUCAGGUUGGGCAUCAACCCUAGUAAACGUGGCAGCAAGACCGUUAUUUGCUGGACACCGCCCUAUGGAAGACCUUUCCCUGCUGUUGUGUGUGUUAUGAUGGGGACGUCCGCCGCCGGAACCCCGAGGACGUCCCGAUCUGAAAACGCCUCACAUAUUGAGAAGAUCCGAGACUUGGAAGCCGACUGGAUAGCAAGAUACGCGAGCGGUACCCAUACAUGGUCGAUCAGGGGAGAGGCCAUUGUAAGUGGCCAUUUGAGGGGCCGAGCUGAUGGUCUUUACUGCAUGUGCGGAGCGCGGCGGGAACCCACAUCAUGUGGGAGAUGCGGACGUCGAUCUAUAACUACUCCUCCUACUAAGUUGGAAACAGCCAGGAUUAAAUAUUGUCGCCGACGUCGACCCGAUAUGGUGAAUCAGCAUGACCGUACUGGUGCUCGGGUUGGCUCCAAUGGAAUAGUACCGAGAGUACAGAAGUGUUUCAAGAUUUGUUUAUGCUGGGUGAUGUAA